AUGACGACAUACCCAAAACUCCUUCGAAUCGGACACCUCAACGUUCGUAGUCUCGAACGACAUAUCGAUGGUGUCAAAUUAAUGCUCGACCGCAACCAAUACCAUUUUUUCGGAGUCACUGAAACCAAACUCAAUCAGAGCUCCCCAAUUGGACCUGUUCGCAUCCCCGCCUAUAACUUCAUUAAACAUUCGCUUUCGUCUGGACGAGGUAGAGGUACUAAGACCUGUGGAGGUGUAGGUAUCUACAUUAGUAAAAAUAUUAAAGCAGCAACUAUUCUGAAAUCUUGCUUCGAUCCUGCAAUCCCCAUCAACCAACGCCUAGAGUUUUUAGCCAUUCGAGCGAAAAUCGGAGAACUAAAUACCUGCAUCGUAGUUUUAUAUAAUCCAGCCAGCUGCAACACAUCUUUCGCACAGCAGUACGAAAAGCUCUUACUGGAUCUGCUGGAAUAUCAUUUCGACCGGAUUUUCCUAGUCGGCGACUACAACAUCAACGUCGCUGCGAAUCAACCCACAGCAAACCUGCUCGCGCUACAACGAAUACAUACAUCAUUCAAUCUCACUGUAUUGCCAACGUCAGCUACUAGGAUAACCGAACAUAGUUCUACUACGAUCGAUCUUCUGGUAACCGAUCACCCACAGUUUAUCAAGAAAUCCAAAACUCUCAGUGCAAAUUCGAUAUCGGAUCAUGAAGCUGUGUAUCUAAUUGCCGACUCACGUAUACCCGAAGCACCACCACGACGGAUACAAGUAAGAAAUCUCCGUGGAAUCGAUCCCCUACGGCUGCAAGCAGACUACCAAGCUAAAGACCUCCAGGACAUCUACCUAGAAGAGAACAUAGACAUCAAAACGCAACUACUACACAACGAACUUCGCUCACUGCUAGAUCAACAUGCUCCUGAAAGAACGGUUUAUGUACGAGACAAACGAACCCCGUGGAUAACGAACGAAAUCCAGAACGCGAUUGCAAUUCGAGACCUCGCCUAUUCACUCUAUGCCCGGAAUCCGAACCGUGCCAGAGGAGAUGCGCAAUGGCAGAACUAUAUCUCCAAAAAAAGUAGAACCAACAACUUGAUCAAUACUGCGAAAAAGCGCUACGCUGAUUCACAGUUCAGCAGUGACCUGCCAGCUAAACAAUUGUGGAGCAAUCUGAAAAGAGCGGGAAUACACAACACUAAAACAAACCAUGUCACCGAGGAGUUAGACGCCGAACAACUAAACCAGUUCUUUGCUGAAGGUCAUCUUUCACUUCAACACCAAUCUUCCAUGUCCCUGGAAACGCUGCCCAACGUAUCAACAAUGAAUGAAACUGAAGGAGGAUUCCGGUUUAGGAACACAAACGUAGAGGAGAUCUGCAAGAAAAUCUACCAAAUCGAUACCAACGCCAUUGGAACCGAUGAGAUCCCGAUCUCGUUCAUAAAAAUGCUCUGUCCGUUUGUCCUGCCAUUACUCACGCACCUGUUCAACGCUAUCAUCGAAGCUCAAUCUUUUCCUUCCCUCUGGAAAGAAGCUUUAAUAACACCUAUACCCAAAACAUCCAACCCAGCUACAUCCACCGACUUCAGACCCAUCAGCGUCCUCCCCGCUGUGUCCAAGCCAAACAUCAAUCUGGUUACCGUAAAGCACACAGCACAACGACAGCACUAGUAAAAGUCACCCAUGACAUCGUCAGCAACUUUGAUAAUGGUAGAUGCACAGUUUUGGUUCUCGUCGACUUUUCCUUAGCUUUCAAUUGCGUCAAACACGGUUUACUAAAAACGAAGCUUAAGAGGGAAUUCGGUUUUUCAAACUCCGCAUGUAAGCUGAUAUCAUCGUUCCUGGACCAACGGAGCCAGCGAGUAGACCUUGGUAAUACCACCUCGACCGCUAGGAUGUUAACAGACGGAACACCGCAAGGUUCGUGUCUAAGCGCGCUUCUUUUCUCGCUAUACAUAAACAGCCUACCAAGUGUCGUUAAAUGCGAAUACCAUCUCUAUGCAGACGAUCUCCAAAUAUACGUAUCUGGUCAUAAAAACGAUGUUAACAGACUUAUUCAGCUGAUCAACGCCGACCUCAACGCAAUCCAAAAUUGGGCGAUAGAAAACCAACUUUUUCCCAACCCCAAAAAGACAAAGGCUAUAAUAUUCUGCAAGGAAGGUACGGUAGUGCCGCAGGAAAAUAUUUGGUUCUGUGGUGAAUCCAUUGCACUAUCCAAAGAAGUCAAAAACCUCGGACUCAUCAUGGACUCCAACUUAAAAUGGUGUGCACAAGUCAACGAAAUCACAAAAAAGACCUACAACACUCUUCGAACUUUCCGACGAUUUCAAGGAGUACUUUCCGUACGAACUCGUAAAAAACUCACCCAAGCAGUACUGAUGCCAUUCUUCUCGUACGGAGACAUUGUUUUUUACCCUGGACUCUCAGCCACACACGGUUUGCAUCCGGACUAUAUUAAGCAUCACGCCCCAAUCGGACGAAACGAACGAGCCAGAUCUUUUAAUAUGCCACACCACACCACCAGCCUGCGAAAAAGUGUCCUAGUGUAUGGAGCGUCCACCUGGAACUCGUUACCACUUUCUGUGAGGCAGCAAAAUUCACUGACAUCUUUCAAAGCGGCGCUCAAUAGAGCCUACUAAAUGAAUCUUCUACUUAACGAUAUGUCUACACCCUGACCCACCAACUUUUCUGAAAAGUAAUAAUUAAAAUGUCCAUUUUUCCUUGACUUGAUACAAAGUUUAUGUAACUGACAAGUUUUCGUUCUGCUGAUAAAUAAAUUACAAAUUACAA